UUAUGUCUCUAGAGUCUUCCAUUCUGAUUCUAUAUAUUUUAGAUUUAGUCCCUCCUCCCUUCCCACCCCUUCACACAUCACAAUUUCAAUCCUUCUUUUUCUUCUUCACACCAUUCUCACUCAUCUCAAGGGCUUUUAAUUUACGCUCGCGUUUCGUUCUUCAUCAUCUUCGUUCGAUCAAUCAAUCCAUAAUGACUCGCGGUAAUCAAAGAGAAAGAGAUCGUGAAAGAGCUCAAGCAAGAGCGAAUCAGAAAGCUAAACAAUCUAAGAGUGAUGGAUUGACACCUGAACAACGAAGAGAAAGGGAUGCAAAAGCAUUGCAAGAGAAAGCUGCAAGGAAAGCUGGACAGCGUGCUGGAGGAAGUAACAUGGGUGGGGGUGGUGGUGGAGAUAAAUAAUUAGGAAAUAAUUAUGAUAAUUAAUUGAAUAUUUAGAGAUAUUAGGAAGGAAUGAAGGGUGUAAUUGUGAUGAUUAUGGUUGUUUUUAUUUGAUGAUAUGGGUUUAUGGUUUUAAGUCAUCUGCUGCAAAUUAUGUUUAUUCUGAUAAACUAAUUUAUGGUGUGGAAGGGUAUUAUUGUUAUUGUUUGUUGUUGGCUUUUUAACCUUUUACUUUUAUCUGAUUUUGAAUGCAAUAUCUAUUUGUAACAUUGUGUAA